AUGGAAUAUGAACAGAAAACCAUCACCACCAAGUUGGUGAAAUCCAAAUUUUUCUUGCCCAAAGUGAUUCGUAUUUCAGCCACGGAUCACGAUGCCACAGACUCCUCUAGCGAGGAAGAAGAUGAUGAAGAAGGGUCUUUUCACAUUCACAGAGUUAAGAGAGUUGUUAAUGAGAUAAGAAUUGUGUGUGUCAACAAGCAAAAAAGACACAACAACAAUAGUUGGUGUGAUGAAACUAGAGACAAUGAAAGUGUGGAACUUCAACAACAACAUUACACAGAGAGUAUAAAGCAGCAGCACAAGUUUCGCGGCGUGCGCAGACGACGGUGGGGCCGUUGGGCCGCCGAGAUAAGAGACCCUUUCCGGCGAACGCGAAUGUGGCUUGGAACCUUUGACAGCGCGGAAGAGGCUGCUAUGGCUUACGACAGAGCCGCUAUUAGCUUCAGAGGUGCUGAUGCUGUCACUAAUUUAAUCAAACCUCCGCCAAAAGACUGUGAAAGUGUUGUUAAACCGACGAGUUGUUGUGCAUGUUCUUCACCCACUUCUGUUCUGCUGUUUCAGCCUUGGAUGGAACCUUUGUCUUUGGAAGAAACCUUCAAAGAAGAAGAAGUGUUUAAUGGGUUAAAUGAUGAAGUUGAUGGUUUCUUGUUUUCUGAUCAUGCAUUUUUCGAUCAACCUCUUCCUACCCUGUUUUCUGAUGUUGAUGUUUCUUUGGAUGAGGAUCUUGAAUCGUGUAAAUGGGAUGUAGAUAAUUAUUUCACCGAUGAUGCUUUGCAAUGA